AUGAACCCCUUUUUUCUAUUUACUUUUGAAAUCAGAUAAGAGAUAGUUUCUAAAUAUGUAAAUAGCAUUGCUUAUAUAAUAAUCCAUUAUUUUAUUAUACUAAUCAAUCAUUAUCAUAAGUAAGUAAAGAAAUAAUUUUAAUUACUUAGUUAUAUGAUUAUAGCAUAAACAAGAGGUUCUAACAACUCUAAUUUAUCAUCAUUAUUCAAUUAAUUAGAUGUCAGCAAUAUCAUUUUUUAAUACAAAGAACUUACUUCCAUCAUAUCAAUAACUGAAUUUGCUUUAUCAUUAUUUAUCACAAUUCUUAUAAUUAUAUUACUUUUCAAAAGAAAUAACAAUAAAGCUGAAUAAAUAUAGUUUAGCAGUCUUGGAAAUGUAUUCAUCUAAAUUAUAUAGAUUUUUAUAAGAUCCAUUAGAAUAUUGUACUGGAUUCUAUGUUAUCCAUUAUUUUUGGUAUCAACUUAUAAUGUCAUGAUAGCAUAUGACUUUAGUUAAUUUUUAUCUAUGUUCGUUUUAAUAUUUGUUAUAUUCUUUACUUUUUUUCAUGACUUUGUAUUAUUAAAUGAUAAUUUUAAUAAAUAAGACUUUUUAAACAUAGCUUAAUCUAGACCUUAUAUUUUGAAUAGUUGGAUUAAAUUAGUUUAAUGUGGAUUUUCAAGUUAUUAUUAUAAAAACCAAAAUUCUCAUGUAAAUAUAAUAAAUAAUAAUUAUAGAUGAUUUAUUUACUUGUUAGUUUUACAUUAUCAAUUCUAAAUUACAUUUAAUUAUAAUAUUAUAUGGUAAUUUUUGGAAAAUAUGAUAUAGAUUACAUAUUUCAUUUUGUUAAUUUAGUGUAUUUUGGAUAAAGUUUAGGAUUAUUGAUUCAAUAUUUCAUAAAUAUAGAAGAUCCUUAUACAUUAAUAACAAUUUUGAUUAUAAUUAAUCUUGUUGUUAUUCAUAAAAGUUUCAGAAAAUGGUAUUUUGAACAUUAAUUUACUAAUUCAAAAGAUAUAAAAAUUAGAGUAUUACUUUUAAGUUGGUUUAGAGAAUUAGAAUGCUCAAAUGUAUAUUAUAUGGGAAUUAUAACUAAACAUUAUAAUCAUCCAAAUAAUAAAAAAUGCUUCUUAAGACAUAAGGCUAUAUAUUAUAGUGGUAAGAAAUUUGCCAAGUACACUUAUAUAACUACUAAGAAACACAAUAUUGAAAAAUACAAAGGAUUAUUUUUAAAAUUCUUUAUUAAAUGUUUAUUAGAAACUUAAUUAAAAUAAGAACCUAAUUCUUCUGAAUUAAGAUUAUUAUAUUCAGAAAUCUUAUUCUAUAAAUUUAAUUUGAUUAAUGAAUCAUUUAAAUAAUUAUUGAAAAUUAAAUCUAAUUUCAAUUUUAAUUAAUAAAUGAGAAUCAUAUAAUUAAAGUUAUCUAUUCACAAUAAAUUAAAAGAAAAUAAUUAAUUAUGUUAUAGAUCUAAAUUACCUUUUGAAAAUAUGUUAAAGUGUGAAGAAUAAAUGAAGGAUUUUCUUAAAGCUUUUCUAAAAAUAACAGAAUUAUAGAUUUUCUUUUGGAAAAAUUAACUCUAAUAAUUUAUAUCCAUUUCAGAAUAAAUUAAUAUAAGUUAAUAAAUAUUUAAAGAAAUUUAAGUUUGUCAAACAAAUUGGAAAAGUAUUCAUUUUACUAAUCCAAUUGAUGAAUAAAAAAUGUUUAUAAGAUUUAGAUGGAAAUUCUUUUAUUUAUAUUUUAAACUUUAUAUACUACAUAAAAAAUUAAAAGUACACGAAUUAAAAGAAUUACCUGAUUAAAAUCUUAAAUCCUAAUAAAUAUUUUAAGAUGAAAAAAUAGAUGAAAGAUCUUCAAGUGAAGAUGAAACUUAAACAAAAACUUAUUAUUAAACAAAUUGUAUUAUUUCUUCUAAUAACUUAUUUUUUCGUGUUGAUAAAUAUGGAGAAAUUAUUACAGCUAGUUAAUCAUCACUCUAAAUCUUAGGUAGACACUAAAAUGAAUACAGAGGUGUUAGGGUUGAAACCUUAAUGCCAGACAUUAUUAAAGAAAAUCAUAAUGAUUUCUUAAAAUUAUUCUAUAAAACUGGUCAAUCUGAAAAUUUAUUUAAAAGAAGAUCAAUUUUAAUUAAACAUAGCAAAGGACAUUGUUUUAAAGCCUAAAAAUAUUUAAAAUAUAUUUUUAAUUUAGAAUAAAAUAGAUUUGAGUAUUUAAGUAUGUUGAGAACAGUAUCAAGUAGAUCUUAAUAUAUUAUUUUGAAUUCAAAAUGGGAAAUUGAUUCAUCUAGUGAAUUCAUUUAUUCAAUUUUAGGAGAUUAUAAACUCCCUUUCCUAUCUUUAUGUCCAAAAGCCAUUUCAUAUACUGAAUUUGCUUAAUUUCUUACUACUUAUGACAUGAAAAUUUUAAGUUUGAAAUUAUGUUCUUUUGGUAGCAGAGAGAGAAUUCAAGAUAAGAAAUUUACAUUUAGAAGAUAACAUGAUUAAACAUUUAGUAAUAAAUCAAUAAACGAAAUUACAAGUUUAGUUUUUAAAAGAGAAUUGGAAGAAAAAUAAAAAUAGAAUGUUAUUUAACUGUUUUAAUAAGUCCUUGAUGAAGAUAAUGAAAUUGAGGGAACUACUAAAUUGACUAAAUUAAAUCAUAUUAAAUUAAACAUUAGAAUUCCUAUAUACAAGUCUGAAUUUUAAGAAGAUUAUAAUAAAUAUGAUGCUUAAAUGAAGAAUAUAUUUUAUAAUGGAGAAAGUUAGAAAAGAUUAGUUUUCAGAAAUGGCAACGGAAAGAUAAGAGUCGAUAAAUUUGAAUUCCUCUAAAGAUAUAGAUGGGUUAAACAAUAAAGAAUGAUGUUUAUUUAUUCUAAAAUCAGUAAGUAUAUAAAUUAAAAUAGAAUAUUUAUUUGAACAUUAUUGUUAAGAGUCAAUACUUGAGAAAGUAUUAAAAGUUGAUGCCAAUAUCAAGUUUUAUAAAACUCUCAAUAAAAUCUCAUUUUAUAUUUUAAAGAUUAAUCGUUUAGAACUUUAUGAUGAGAACACAAAUAACAAUAACUCUGAUAAAUAAGAAAUUUUAUUCUCUAAUACAAAUUCAUUUAAACCAUAUACAUCAACAAUUGUUAGAGAAGUUGUUUUGGUUACUUAAACUUAGACAAAUACCUUGAAAAACUAGAGUGGCUAUUAAUAUUCUGGUAAAUAUUAUUUGUAAUUAUAUAGAUAUGGAAUUGAUUUCAAAUAGAGAAUAUACUUUAAAACCAUUUUUGAUUGGUCAUGCAUUAAGAGAAGACUUUUUAGUAUAAGGUUCUAAUACUAUAUAUAGUUUAAAUGAAUAAAAUAAUCCUUUUAUUAAAGAAGAAAUUAAUAAAAUUUCAAAGAGGAAUUAAAAGUUAACUUUACUUGUCAUUUUAAAUAGGUUUUUAUUUUUUUUUGAACUAUUACUUAUAUCAUUUACUUACUUUUUUUGUUCAUUUUAUUAUAAUCCAUUAACCUUACAUAAUUCAGUAACUUUAUUGGGUCAUAUAUUUAAAAUAUCAUUAAUAACUGUUUAAUCAUACAAUUACAUCAUUGAUGUGGCUCUAAUGAAUGAAAAUAAAUUGACAAGUUUAUUAAUUAUAAACCCAACAACUAAAUUUAAUACAACAGAUUAAUUUUUAGAAUUUGUUCAUACAGACAUUGAUGAGUAAUACACUUUCAUUUAUAAUAUUUAUACUAAUUAAGAAUUUGUGUCAAUGGUUUAUUCUGGAUUUUAUAUUUAUGACAAGAAUGUCAGUGGUCUAGAUAUAUUUGAUCAGUUUUAGUUAAAUUUAUUGUAAUUCAAUUUUUCAGAUAAGGCUUUAAUAAAUUUAAAUAAUACUAUAUUAUCACAUUUUAGAGAUUAUAUGGCACCUUAUGGAUAACAAUUAAUGGAAGAUUCAAUAAUUUCUAGGAUUAAUGAAGCCAUACUAUAUUAAACUCAGUCUAUUGAUAAUCUAAUACUAUUUAUGAUAUUUUAAUUCUCACUUAUGAUUAUUGAUUCAAUGCUUUCAUUAUUAAUUAAAUUUAAUUUUCGUAAUGAUGUCAAUACUAUUUUUAAUAUUGUUGCUAAUAUACCUAAAGAAGAUAAAAUUAAAGCUAUAAAAUAAUAUCAAACAUUAUUUAGUUAAUUAAAUAGUUUAUUUGAAGAAGAAUGUAAUAUAUAUUAAUAUAUUAUAGAAUAUGGAUACAAAAAGUCAUCUAUUCAAGCUUUAAAUGCAGAUACAGUAAUGUAUAUAUAAUGAUUAAACAUAGAUAAAAAGAUUUUGAGAUGAAUGAAGUAGAGAAAGCAAAUUAAAAAAGAGAUAAAGUAAAAAUAAAAAAAUUAUCUAAAUAUUAAUUAAAUGUAUUUAUCUUAUUUUUAUCAUUAUUAGACUAUUAUUGCUCUUAUAUGUUAUUUAGCAAUCAUUCUUGUUUUAUUUAUACUACUUUAUUAUUUCAUUUUGAUAUAACAAAUUGAAACAAAAUAAUUCUUUAUGGAUAACAAUUACUUAGCUCAAACAAACUAUUUUUGGAUAAUUACAUUGCUUAAAGAAGUAAAUAAUUAUCAAAAAAUUAGAAAUUUAUUUUUGAAAAUUAUUUGAAUUCUUCCUAUUAUCCAAAUAUAACCAAAUUAAGAUUCCAAGAAUUUCUUAAUGAUAUGUCAGUAAUAUCCCCUCUCUUAUAUUAAACAACAAUAAGUGAUAUCUAACGUAUUUUUGAUGAUACAUUAUGUGAUUAUUCUUUUGGUAUAAUUUACAAUAAAAAUAUUUAGAUGAAACUGUAACUUAUAUAUACUAUGACUAAUUUUGUUAAGAAAUAUUAGACGGAGCAUUGAAAAGAGGAUUAAAAUAAUUUAAUAUACUAUUAUCAUAGGUAGUAAUAAAAGCAUUAAACCCAAAUGAUCAAAGAUAUGAUGAUUUUUAGAUAGAAGAUCUAGCUCAAUAUUAAAUUUCAUUUCAGAUUAUUUAUGAAAUAUUUUUGACUACUUUUCAAAUUUGGGCUUAAAAUGCUGAGAAUUUAUUAAAUAACACUUUAGAUUUAAGUCUAGUAUCUUAGUAAUUUAUAUCUAAAUAUUUUUAGUAUAAUUUAACUUUUAGUGAUCAUCAUCCUAUACUUUAGUUUACUUGAAUAUUUUUUAUUUACUAAGUUAUAACAAGAUUUUGAUUUUUGUAAAAACUACUACAAAUAUUUUAUGUUAAACCAAACUAUGAAUUAAGUGAAAACUAUGAGAGUAGAUGUGAUAAAAACUGGGUUAUUAUCAAAAUGA